AUGGGUCAAGAAAGCAAUAGUCUUUUUAUGGAAGUAGAGUUUAAUAAUGCCAGGGAUUAUGAAUUGGCAAGACAACGAGAACGACAACAAGAACAAGAAAAAAAUGUUAGAAAGAGACGUCACAGAAACCAACUACACCAUAUCUUUGUCGUGCUAAAGAUCAAACUAAAACGAUUCUUUACAUGUAAAUGUUUUAGAUCACAAGAUGCAUCGUCGUCAUCUUCGUCUGGUGGUGAUGGUACAAUCGAAUCGACUCCAUCACCAAGUGAUGCAUCCAAAAGAAGAAGAAGAAAUAGAAAAAGAUCAUCUUCUUCAUCAUCAAAGAAAUCACAUGACACUAAUACCAACGACACUGUCCUUGACCAUGUUGGAGAUAUCCCAUCAUCUAAUCAAUUGUUGCAGCAGCAAUUACACAAUAAUGGAUCUACAUCUGAUACAUCGACUGUAUUGACAGAUCAAAAUAGUUUACCAGAUACAUUGGAGAAUCUGAACGGAUCAAAAAGAGGAUGUGAUGUGGCCGUCCCAGGUGGUGACCACUAUCACUUUGGAAGUGGUGGUGCACGCACCCAUACCCAUCCUACCGUCAUCACCAUCCCAUCGGUCCAAAAGAAUGACAUUGAUUAUCAAACACAACGAGCCGAUACCCAACCAUAUCUCGACCAACUCUCCAAGAUGCAAUCUCUCUAUCAAACAGAGUUACAAUCAUCUGACAAUGGAAAAGUAUCAAAACAAACUUCUUAUCAAUUGGCUCGUACUCUUUCACAUUCUGAACAAGUAUUAUGUAAAAGAAAAUCAAUUGAUUUAUAUAAAGAUUUAUUAAAAGAAGAAAAAGAUAAUAGAGAUAUAAUAAUGGAAUUGGCAAGUACCUAUUAUAAAAUAGAGGAUUAUCAAAAUGCAUUAAAAUAUGCAUACAAAAUAUUGGAUACUCAUCCUUUGGAUAAUCAAGCCAUCACAUUGAAAUAUAUGUCACAAAAUGCAAUCAAAGAACAACUUCGAAAAAAACAACAGUAUCAACAAAAACAACAUCUUUCAUUAUCCAUUCCAUCAAAUGAUCAAAAUACUACAUUGACUGCGGCGACGGUUGGACCAACCAAUGUCAAUGGUGGUAGUAGUAGAAAAAAUAGAAAGAAACAAAAAGCAAAAGAGAAAAGAGAAAGAGAAAGAGAAAAAGAUGGAAAGGUAGGUAGUGGUAGUUCACGUCUUCCAUCUGGUGAUAAACCUCCACUUCCAACUAUAUCUUCUACAAAUACUUUUUCAGACACUGUUGCUGGUAAUCCAAAUAUAGUUUCUCCAACAACACUUACACAAACAACAACCGAUGAUGAAGAUGAUGAAGUCGAUGAGGAUGAUGACGACCUUACUAGAACAGAUGAUCCUCCUCUACAUGCCAAUAACAAUCAAAUUGGUCAAUACACAACCAACAAUACGAAAACAGUUAAUCGAGCCAGUAGCAUUUUAAAUGCACCAAAUCGAACAGAUACAAAUGAUUCAACAACUUCUUCAUUUAGUAGUGAUGAUGAUGUUGAUGAUAAUAAUAACAAUACUAAAUAA